GCCUGGUAUAUAAGCUGAGGGCUGAGAGGUAGCAAACUGGGUGACCCUUAUUUUGGCUUUGGUGAACAGAAUCUGAUCCCAAGGACUGUUACCGUUUUUCUGUUGCAUCGUGUAAAGUAAAGAAACGCAAUCAUGCCUUUCGGAAACACACACAACAACUUUAAGUUGAACUUUAAGAGCGAGGAGGAGUUCCCCGAGCUCGCCAAGCACAACAACCACAUGGCCAAGGUCCUCACCAAGGAAAUGUACGCCAAGCUCAGGGACAAGCAGACCCCCACUGGCUUCACCUUGGACGACGUCAUCCAGACCGGUGUGGAUAACCCAGGUCACCCCUUCAUCAUGACCGUCGGUUGCGUUGCCGGUGAUGAGGAGUCUUACGUGGUGUUCAAGGAUCUCUUCGACCCCAUCAUUUCCGAUCGUCAUGGUGGAUACAAGCCCACUGACAAGCACCCAACUGACCUCAACUUCGAGAAUCUGAAGGGUGGUGAUGACCUGGACCCAAACUACGUUCUGUCCAGCCGCGUGCGUACCGGCCGCAGCAUCAAGGGAUUGGCCCUGCCCCCCCACAACACCCGUGGCGAGCGCAGAAUCGUCGAGAAGUACUCUGUUGAGGCCCUGAACAGCCUGGACGGAGAGUUCAAGGGAAAGUACUACCCCCUGAAGUCCAUGACCGAUGCCGAGCAGGAGCAGCUGAUCAACGACCACUUCUUGUUUGACAAGCCCGUGUCUCCCCUGCUGAUCGCCGCUGGUAUGGCCCGUGACUGGCCCGAUGCUCGCGGCAUCUGGCACAACGACAACAAGACCUUCCUGGUGUGGGUGAAUGAGGAGGAUCAUCUGCGUGUCAUCGCCAUGGAGCAGGGUGGCAACAUGAAGGAGGUGUUCAAGCGCUUCUGCACCGGCCUGAAGAAGAUUGAGGAUGUCUUCAAGAAGCACAACCACUGCUUCAUGUGGAACGAGCAUCUGGGUUACGUCCUGACCUGCCCCUCCAACCUGGGCACUGGCCUGCGUGGCGGAGUCCAUGUCAAGCUGCCCAAGCUGAGCACCCAUGCCAAGUUCGACGAGAUCCUCAAGAGGCUGCGUCUGCAGAAGCGUGGCACAGGUGGUGUGGACACCGCCUCUGUCGGUGGAGUGUUUGACAUCUCCAACGCUGAUCGUAUCGGCUCCUCCGAGGUCGCCCAGGUGCAGUGCGUGGUCGAUGGUGUCAAGCUCAUGGUUGAGAUGGAGAAGAAACUGGAGAAGGGAGAGGCCAUCGAUAGCAUGAUCCCCGCCCAGAAGUAAACAGGGACAUGCCUGUGCUCUUUUUUGUGUUGCUUGUUUUCUACAAUGAAUCGUGCAAUCCGUCAGAACGCAGAGGAAACCGCCGCUCUACAUCAGAGACUCUUGACUCUGCUCUGUCGUCCUACUGAACACCUUUGCCUCUCGUCUGAUCUUUUCUUUUUCUUUCGUCAAUGCCACUUUUUUUCCUCCUCCACAUUCGCUCUCUUUUCAAUCGGUAACACCCUGGGAUCAGAUGCCACAGACACAGUUGUGUCUAAUGUGGUCAUUUCACCUUAAAUUUGUACUUUUGGUUGUAAAGUAUUCAAUCAAACUGUGAUACAAUAAAUGAACCCCGUGUCAAAAAUUCAAA